AUGACAGCAGAGCAGCGCCACAGAAGUACCCUAAAGAGACCCGAAUGUGACAGGAGGGAAGUGCAGAUUACAGAGGACGAGACUGACUGUCAGGCGGUCAUGGAGCUGUGCAUGCCAGCAAGGUCGACCAAGACAAAAGCAAAACGAACCAGCAAGCGAGACCAAGCAAGACCCACCAAGCAAGACCCACCAAGACUCACCAACACCAACCAAAACCCACCAACACCAAGCAAGACCCACCAACACCAACCAACACCCACCAACACCAACCAACACCCACCAACACCAACCAAGACCCACCAACACCAACCAACACCCACCAACACCAACCAAGACCCACCAACACCAACCAACACCCACCAACACCCACCAAAACCCACCGACACCCACCAACACCAACCAAAACCCACCGAAACCCACCAACACCAACCAAACACCCAGCAACACCCACCAAGACCAAAACCCACCAAGCCCCUCGCCGACGACCAGCCGAGACCGCCCCAGCAUCACCUCAAGGGCCAUAAUUCUAAAGUUUUCCUCGUGCCGGCCCGGCGUGUCUUGUAG